AGAGAGAGAGAGAGAGAGAGAUGACCAUUAAACUCUGAGUGAAGUAUUUCUUUUUUAUAUGUUUUCAUGUGUAUUCAUGUGCAAGAAAACUGGAGAAGAUGGUGCACACAAGUGUUGGUCCCCAUGUCCUCAGUCACGGCCUGCAGCACGUCUCACAUUUCCCCUGUGAGGACGAAGUGACCCUCAUGUCAUGUGGUGUGGCAGAAGACGGCUUCCUAAGUCUCCACCGCAGUGGGCGUGUUCGUUUCUACACCUCAGACGGGUCUCUAAAAGCUCCUCCCACCCGGAACACCGUACCAUACAAGGGCGUCGCCUUCACACACGUCCCGGGCAGACUGGUGGGGUGGGGUGGGGGGGAGAAGCUCACACUGCUGGACACGAACCUCACACCUCUCACUUAUGCACAGGAUGAGCUGGACAUCAGGGUGUGUCAGAUGUUAAAAGGUUCCCGGGAGCUGGUCACCGCCGGCGCGGGGAACGUGUGUGUGUGGAGUCUGGGUCACAUGGUGUGCCGGGUGCGUGUGGUGGACGGGUUUGAGGACGAGUGUGUGUUCACACAGCUGGCUCUGGUUCCUGGUGCUGCUCAGAAAGCUCCUCGAGCUCUUGCUGUGUGUGGGAGAUCGGUCAGCGUGGUGGAUCUGAAACAGGGUUCUGUACUGGAGCACAGAACCAAUCUGCAUCGACGGGAGAUUACAGCAUUGGUGUACUGCCCCCUGCAGGAUGUCGUGGUCACUGCAUCCAAAGAUGUCACCAUGAGGGUCUGGGGGUCACACUGGGAGCUGCUCAUGACUUUUGUUGGACACACUGCUGUGGUCACGUCCCUGCUGCUGUGCCCCAUGUCUGGUCUGCUGCUCUCCUCCUCCCUGGACUCCACACUGCGCUACUGGAGCCUACAGACAGGUGACCAGGUGAAGAUCUUGACUCCGCCCACUGGUUCUGCCCCACCGCUGUCAGUAGGUGGGCCCAGCUCUGCGUCCACCUUCUUCUCCUUUUCCACAUCCAAUGUUGACUUCUGGACCUUCAACAGACUGUACGAGCUCCACUGCAAGCUCAGAGAAGACUCAGAUGUCAGGCCUAUUCGUCAAAUACUGGCCACGCCUCCAGGUCCUCGUUACCCUUCUCGGGUGGUGUGUGUCCAUGGCGAGAGUGAUGUGACGCUGGUGGCUGCAGGGACAGGGGAGGUGAUAACGGUGUUCAGGGGCGGAGUCAGGGUCAGGUGUGCUGAUUACUGCCUCUACAGAGAGGUGCUGAUGGUACUGACAGAUGAAGGUGCAGUGAUCAAAGCCAGCACACUGACCAAUCCGGGGACUCUGCUCGACACGUGGACCAAUAGGGAAAAUGGGCGUGGUAAAGCGUGCUGCAUGGCGAUAUAUUGUCACGUGGUGGAUGAAGAAACACUGCUGGAGGAGUGGAAGAAUCUGCAGGAGGAGAGAGGAGAGAAACCAAGGCUGAGGAAACAGCUGGAGGAGGAUAAGAACAGGUUUUUAGUCAUGCUUGGACAUCACAGUGGGUGUGUCAGUGUAAUGCAAAUGGAUUCGGGGCGUGUUCAGUACACAGGCUCCGCCCACAAUGGGCAAAACAUUACCAUCAUACAGGCUUAUCCAGAAAACAACCUUCUCCUUACUGCAGCAGCACAGCGCCACCUACAGCCUGUUGCAGCUCUACCUGCACACACACACAUGCUGUGACCAUCCACCUGAACAUGACCACUGCAGCAUGAU